ACCCCCCAGAAGACUAGCGAAUAUACACAUUAUCAAGAGACUCAUGCAUGAGCGGUUAAAAUCUAAUGGAGUUUUUAUUAGUAUAAAAAUUUAAUUUUGAUUAACCGAGUGACCAUCAUCAUCAUCAUGUUACUGAGAACCACAUCUGCUCCAAUACUCAACUCAUGGCUAAAACAACACUGCUCGAGAGAAUCGUCACCGGAGCCGGAGUCACUGCUCCAGCCCCGAAACAGAUCGUUGUCUCUUCUCGCUUCAAAGUCCAUAGAUGAACACACUGGGGAGAUAUUGCACCAAGCUUUCUCUGAGCACAGGGAAAGCGUUCUUAAAUCAAGUUACAACGUACAUGACAGCAGUAACGUAUUACCACGAAAGCAACGAAGGUCAUCGUUAGAUGAAAGUUCCCAUGGAACAGCCUACAACGGAAAGAUUUUGGAUCCGUCCUCGAACCUUUUAACGGAAAGACUGUUCUCGGACUCUGGGCUGGGAGAGAAGGUCAGUGAUGUUGAAGAUCAUCCGGAGGCUCUUGUGAUGGGUGGUGGUGGUGGUAUGGGGAGCAGCGGCGUCAAGAUCUGUAACGGCGGAGAUGACAGUGGAAGCAGUGGAAGUGAAGACGCCAGUCACGCCACCGAUGUGUAUUACCGGGAGAUGAUCAACUUGACACCUGGAAAUUCGCUUCUGACCGGAAACUACGCCAAGUUUUUGAAAGAGGUGAGAGGAGACUUGAAGAAAGCAGAAGAGUAUUGUGAAAGAGCAAUUUUGGGGAACACCAACGAUGGAAACGUUCUCUCGCUAUACGCCGAUCUCAUUUUACAUAACCACGGCGAUCGUAAAAGAGCCCACUCCUAUUUCCAACAAGCUGCCAAAAUGUCCCCAGAAGAUUGCUAUGUGCAAGCUUCAUACGCAAGGUUUUUGUGGGAUGUGGAGGAUGACGAAUAUGAAGAAGAAGAAGAAGAGCAAUUGAGUGAUGAAAUUGGCCACAUUCCUCCAACUACCAUCUUCCGUGAUUUUCCCAAGCACGCUCGUAUUUCCACGACAUCCUAAAUCACAUAUGUACACCUUCCUAUACAUACAUUAGUAUCUAAAUAAACAAUAUAGUAUGUAUGCAUGUUUAAUACACAUAUGCAAAUGCAAUAUGCGUGUAUAAUAUUAAAAAGAAUGCGUGUGUAAUAUACAUGUAACGAAAAAUUUUAUAUGGUUUGUAGUAUGUACACUCAAAAUAAAUAAAAAUGGCUAUUUUCUCUA